AUGGCGAGCGACAGCGUCAGCACGAUCAUUCCCGGAAAGUCCGACAUGGCUUGGAAUCCACUCGAAUACCACGCCGCGUCUCAGGGAUACAAGUUCGGAGUUCAGGGCGAUGAUCGUGGUGUACGUGUCAGUGAUGACUGCAGCAGAGUAACAGGCCAGCGCCCCCAGAGCCACUUUAGUGUCGGCUUUCAUCGGUCAAAAGUUUGUGACGCCGGUGGACCGUUCCGACACAACAGCUACUUCACGUACGGCGAGGGCCCGCCAUUCGCGAGUGCUGAAAAUGCAUCCUCCAUUGAGUACCAACGCGUGCAGCCACAGAUUCGUGGAUCACCUCCUGCGUCCUCGAGUCCAGAUCCUACGAGUACCCUCGAAUACCGCGGACACAGAGAGGCAGACAUUGCACGCUCAUCCUCCGCUGCCUUUGCUGGGGCAUCUUGCGAGGCUUCGGAGCACGAGUUCAGGAGGCCGACGACACUAACAACACGUUUGACGGCUGCCGCAGUGCCAUCUCCAGUGAAAUUCGAGCCUCCGCCAUCUCCGCCCGUGUCUCCUGCCACCACUGGACCCUCGCCUCCCGAAGUUACAGACAACAGCGCACCGGAAGAACUUGGAUCCUAUGGCCGCAGCAGAGGAUCGCUCCAGCUCUGGCAGUUCCUCGCCACACUCCUUAAGAGCCCGAGUAACUCAUCCUGCAUUGCAUGGACAGGCAGGGGGCUCGAGUUCAAGCUGACCGAUCCUGAAGAGGUGGCCAGGAGGUGGGGCAUCCAGAAGAACAGGCCUGCAAUGAACUACGACAAGUUAAGCCGGUCCCUGAGGUACUACUAUGAAAAGGGCAUCAUGCAGAAAGUAGCAGGAGAACGCUACGUGUACAAGUUUGUCUGUGACCCGGAGGUGGUGACGAGCGUCAGCGUGGUCGCAGAAGGUAGCAAGGCGAGUGAUGAAGCACGCAAGAGGUCAACCGAGGUCACUGGACAGCAUAGCCUACCAUGGCUAACGAGAAGCGACACAGCAGCGUUCGGAAACCGAGACUACGGCUCGUACUCGUUGCACCACAAUGAUUAUGUCGGAUCAGUAUCAGUUGAAAGUUGUUGA